AUAUAAGACCACGUGACAUGUGACGUCAGAAGAUCGUUUCCCCAAGUACCAUGAGCAGACCAACUGUUGCAGAGUAUAUGUAUUCAGUGAGUGUAGUGAUGUCUAUUGUGAAUAGGCGAGCUCUGCAUAUGCUCUCUCUGUUAUAAUUGGUCUUACUUUUUCUUGCCGCAUACCUAUUGUAAGGCAUUUUGUUUUGGACUACUUAAAGCACGUGGACCCAAUGACCAGGGCAAAGAAGUGAGCUUUAUAACUUCAAGGAAGAGGCGCAUUAUAAAUGCCUAUACCAACUAAAACUCUUUCAAAAUGUCGGGGAAUUCAUACGAAAGCAACCAGUCUACGAUUUGUACGUUUCCCGAUUUUACCUCUAGUGAGCUGGCAACAAAUGUAUCGUAUGUCAAGACUUAUCUAUCGUUCAUCGUCAUCUGUUCGUUCGUAAUCGUUAUUGCCAAUUCCGUCGUAUUAGUCGCUAUGGUAUUAACUAAGAAACUUCAUAAAUCAAGAUAUGUCUUGAUAUUUAACCUCUGUAUAUCCGACCUCUUCGUGGGACUGCUCUUUCCGGUUGUCGUUUGGGGAGGAGCCGGAGUCGGAGAUAUACUCGGAAGCAUCGUUACAUUCGUAUCAAUGCUGACGAUAUUGUCCAUAGCGAUUGAACGAUUCAUUAAGAUUGUGUUACUCCCGUAUACUAAAAAAUUAGCAACAUCUCGACAACUGAUCGCGACCUGUGGUGUUAUGUGGCUAAUAUCAGCCAUCUUGUUUCUAUCUGUUGUCACUGAGCCAACAUGGUACGCGUACAUCUAUCAUUUCGUUUCCCCUGUCAUCUUAAUUAUCAUCUUCGCUGUCAUAAUUGUUCUUUAUCUACUGAUAUUUUUGAAUGUGAGCAAACAAGAAAAAGGACAAUCGCAUCGAUCGUCCCUUAGACGUCGGAAGCAUGUAAAAACGAAGAGAGUUCUUCAUGGCUUUGCUCUGAUAAUUGCCCUUUACUGUUGCUGUUAUUUACCAUGGGCCGUGGAAUCAUUACGAAUUGGUGUCCAGAUGUCGAGAAACGGUGAGGAAAUAUGCUGGCAAGGUACAGUGCCCUUGUAUUUCACUAUUUGCAUUGGGAUUUUGAACUCAGCACUGAAUCCGUUCAUUUACUGGCGACGUCUGCCGGACUUCAAUGAAGGUAUGAAAGCUGUUUUCCAACGUUGUCGUGGAGAAUAUGAUCCUUCUGCUUACGAGACCAACGAUUCAUCAUCCACUUUGGCCAGAAAUAACUCAAAAACGAGUUCUGUUUACAAAGAAAAUAAUAUCAUUCGUCCUUAGGCCCUAAUUGUUAUUAAUAUGAGGGUGAUGGACUUUUUUUAUACGAUCAUUUUUUGAGAGAUUAUUGUGGUGAGGAACAUCUCUGUCCAGAAUGAUUAUCAAAUUUUCUUUGACAAAAAACGGUUGUAUGUCCAUAUAUAUUCAUGAUGUCCAUAGUCUGGACAGAGCUUUAGGCCGGGCAAACGGUUGCACCGACGGUCGUCAGCCGAAAAGGCACAUGCAAUUUGCUCGAACUACUGCCGCCGACAAUCAGCAGACGGCUUCGGCGUCGACGAGCGCUCACAGAGAGCGAAUAUGGUUCGGCAUAGUUAGAAACCGUCUCACAUCGCGCGCGGGACGGUCCGCAUUUCAAAGUGAUUUUGGAUGAAACACCAUUUUGCAGAAGCACAUGCGUGAUCAUAAAUUUGUCACGCAUUUAGCGCAAGUCCAUGCGUGAUGAACGAAUUUUAUCACGAAUUCAUGGGAAAAUGUAUUUAAAAUUAGAAGAAAUUGGUUUUUAUUAAACAGGCCUAUAUAAAAACGGUCAUGCAGUAACUAGUCAUUAGAGAGUUUUCGUAAUUAUUUCGUUAGAAUCAAUCCACGGGGAAAAUUUCUUUUUCCCGAACAAAACAACCCAGCCAACACGCACUUAGUAUAGUAUCAUCUUGGACUAAGUGACUAAAGUGCCCAGUCCCCCACCGGGGCCCGCCUCUGGAUCUCGUUGGGGAAUUGGCGUGGCGCCCUCUCCUCCACCCAGCCCGACUGAUGUAGUCACGCAUUUCAAAUCUCUCAGGUUGGUAACUAUGGUUCCGCCGCCGACGAUCGUGUGUGUCAUGCGUUAAGCGUAUCGUCUUCCCACUAUGCAAAUGAUCAAAUCUAGGGGGUUUUCAGUAAAAUAUGUAUAUGUAAAGUAUGUAUCUCAUUGGUCUUAGCUAGUCCUAGAUUUCAUUCCCCAGAGAAUCGAGUCAUUUGCUAAAACUAACGAAAGCCCGUUCACAGCAAUGUCGUGCUACCCGUUUAAUUUGUAUUUAUGGAAUGUUCGAUAAUUACGGCUCUCUAUUUUUGUUCUCAAUAUAUAGGCCUAAUAAUAAAAUCAAUAAAACAAAAAAGCACCGGCCCCAAACACUGUUGAAUAACUUUCCUUAUAAUUAAUUUAUUGAUUAAUCGAUUGAUUAUAUAGUGUAAGGUAUUUAAUAAAUUAUAAACCCACCAGAAAAGUCCUUGCAGUUCAUGAGUCACUAAGCAACAGAUUAUUUGAUUGUAUUAGAAUAUUUGAUUUCCAAUAUGGAAUUAAUAAUACGUAGGCUAAGUGAUAUGUAUUUUGUAUUAUAGUAUUUUAAGGUUAACUAAUUUUAAAGAUAACAUUUUUUUCUUCGGUUGAAACUGUAAUUAUGUAUUGUUAUAGGCGUGAAAAAUAAAAUUUGUUAUUGAGGAUUGACUCUCAUCUAAAAACUGAUAUCAAACAUGAACAGAAAUACGGUAAAGCCUCUGCUAGGCAAUGGUUGAAUAAAUCCGCAAUUGAAGGCAACAACAUGAAAUAUCCGCUUGAAAUAGGUAUUAGAACAAUGAAGUGUUUGAUAAAGUUACGGAAGCACGCCCUACUUUUAGUUAACCUGUGCUUAAGACGCAGAGUGAAACCGAAAAGUUUUACUCGUGUCAUUCUACGCGAUAGUAUUCUUCGGGCAAAUUCGGAACCAUUCCGUGAUGUCUGUCAGAGGCGUUGUAGCAAAGAAUGGUGACAACUACGCCAUCAUGACAAACUCACCGUGACUCUCCAAUAACAGGCGACAACAAAUGUGUAAUAUUGAAAUAAAUGGGUCAAAAAGUGUGGACACAAUUUAAUACGCAUAUUGAUAACACGCAAUUUUGACAAGCUUAUUGGGUAUGCCCAUCUACUCAUAUUCUUCAUUGAAUACCUGCUUCAUCUACCAUCAUUGUCUGGAUGGUAUUGUCAUGACGAUAAUUAAGUUUAAUAUGUAGGCUUAGGCCUAUUUCUAUGGACAUUUUGAUUUAGAAGAUUGUCAUAAACGUUGUAUUAAAAACAUAAACAUCAAGGUUUUAUUUUUCAAUACAACGUUUAUUACAAUCUUCUAAACAAAAAUGUUUUUAGAUAAAAAUAACUCUGGUAUUUUCUUUUUUAAAUAAGUUUAUUACGGUACCUUGUAUUAAAACACAAAACACCAACCUUUAUUCCUUUUACAAAUAACGAUUGUGAUAAUCUUUUAAAUCAAAAUGUAUUAAUAAAUGUAAACAUAGGGUUUUGACAAUCAAUGGCAUAAUUUCAAGGAAAAUAUGUUUAAUUAGGCUAAUAAUAAAGUAAGUCUACGUAUCCGUCGGAUUACAUCGAUGAGAGUAUUAACCGGCAUUGGCAGCAAAUUUAUACUUCUAAUAGAAACGAUGUAAAUUAUUCACUAUAGUUCUAUAUAUGCGGUCUCAUAUGAUUAAAAGAAACAUUUAAAUAAUAUGACGUCAUCGAUUAUUUAUUUUUUAAAAACCAAGUACACAUUCAAUUUUCCUUGGAGAAGGGUAUAAUAUUGGAAAUUUCUACAUCCUGAGCUUUUAGCAUCAUGGGCUGUAACACACGUACGCCCAUAUUUCCAGGAAGGAGCCAUCCAGCAAUGACAACUACAGUAAACCAGAUAAACUGCAGUCUCUAACCAAGUGCCAAAUCAUUUAUAUAAGAUUAAAAAUGGAAACUCUUAUUUCAGUUGGAAUAGUGAAGGGUAAGGAACACGUCCCGCCCCCUCGGGCCAAACGGUCCUUGAUUGUGUUCCCUCACCACCCACACUCCGCCGACAAGAAAUCCUGGAUUCGCCACUGAUUUCAUAUUACACUUCAGAAGUUAUAUAAGCAGAUAUACUGUCGUAAGUAGGCCUAUACUUUUGACUGUUAUAGAAUGCACGACUGUAGGUUUAUUGCACGUUCGAGAACCACAGUGGUAUAGUAUCUUCGCACAUUAUUAUACAUUAAUUUCCUUUUACAGGCUACAUUAUUUUAUUUAAUUUUACUUCGGCCAUUCGAUUUUAAGGUGAAACAGCCAAAAAACACCACGGCGAUUUUCCUAUUAACAGAUAAUAUAUCACGAGCAAGGCGAUCUGCUCGAGUGGGCGGGAAACGUGCCAAGUUCACCGUGUCGUCGUUCGGCUUCAGGGCAUCCGGCUCCUCUUCCUUGCAUGGCACUUCAGUAAAUAUAUGAAAGCUGGAAUGAACUUUUAAUAUUUCCUUAAAAACUUAAUCAAGGCUAAACUUCCGAGGUGUAUUGACAUCCUACUACUGAUAGUAUUUCUUCACAGAAUAACAUUUUAUUUCCUGCAUAAUAUGUUUAAUAUAUUAAAAACCCGAUUAAAAACCUAGGAAAUUAGUAAAAAUAAUAAUGAUCGACUACAAAAAUCAGCUUCAAAUACCUUGAGUAUUGUCUGAAAAAAUUGUUUUCAUUGGGAUUUGUACACAAGACCCUCCAACUAAGGAAUGAACUUGUCACAUGAUAGGGUAACAUAUAGGGUAGGGGAUGACAGGGGGUGAGGUGGGAAAGUGAAGGUGAGUUAGCUGCAGUUUAGGGUGUUAUGAGAUUAUUUUAGGGCACAUGAUGCCUAUUUUAGAAGUACAGUAGCCUAGGUUACUGUAUAUCAUUACUUUAAACAUUGAAAAAUUAACAGUUAAAUGUCGAGAUUCAAGUAAAUAAAAUACAUUGUUUUCGUUUAUAUUUUAGAUUAGAAACACAGUCAAAAACUCCAUACUAUUAAUUUCUUUAAAAUUUAUUUCCACAAAUAAGAGCCAGUGUUUUCAAGUUUCCUGUCCAUAAGAUUACAACAUGGAAUGAUCAUUUAAAAUACAGUGUUUUAUAUACAAUGUUAUCUGCACACAUGAAUAAAGCUGGCAUGAUGACCAGCAAUGGAAACAUCUUAAUGAAUGCUAUGUACAGUAAUCAAGCAAAUAACCAGGAUUUCCUGUAAUUUGACCGAACUCCAUUCUUUGUUUGUUUCAGGGGAUCUACACCUUGACCAUGCCAGAGGGCUUUGUCAACCCCUCCCCCUCACAGGUAACCCCUUUAUGAAAUUAUGGUGAGAGGCCUGAUUUAAUAAGGCUACACAGUACUUCUAAAAUUCAUAUUUUUGAAAUUAUCUUUUCUUGAGCUAUCUAAAAAUAAUGCAUGUCAAUUAUGCUGUUUAUACAGAAAUAAUAAUGUUGAUAUCUUUUCAAUAUUCAAUACUUCCGUCAAUGAGAAAAACCUCUUAUAUUCUGUUAAUGUUCUGCUUAUUUCAGCUCAAAAUAUGAUUAAUAUAAACCAACUAAUAAGUGCUAUUUUUAAUAACAACAAUAUCAAUGAUGAUGACGAUAAUAUGUCCAGUUGGACAAUGUAAUUAAGGUGUAUAAUGUUAUAUUAUGGUGCUGCUAACACCACCCUGGAUAGAGGACAGGAAAGCUGUUAUCUUGCCUGUGUUCCACUUAAACUUGGUGUAGAACAAAUAAACUAUUAUUUAUUAUAGAAAUAAAUUAUAAUUAACAGGAGGGAGCAUCUCCCUGACUAUAUUAAGGCCACUUUUUCUUCGUUUUUCACAAUAAUUUAUCAGAAAUAUGUCUAGGGACAAUGUAACUAAUGAUCCUGGGUAAUUCAUUUGUUCUGGACAUAUACAUUUAUGGAUCUAGGCCUAUGUUACUUUUUUGUAGUAUUUGUAUCUAUUUCCGUACAUCUUCUGUCUGUAUGACAGUAAUUAGAUAUAUUUGGUCAGUGAAUACAUUAAAUUAUAAUUCAUAAUAAUCAUAAUAUUCUCAAUUAUUCAAGAAAAAA